AUGCCUACCCGUUUCUCGAAGACAAGGAAAGCCCGCGGUCAUGUUUCCGCCGGUUACGGUCGCAUUGGCAAGCACCGUAAGCAUCCCGGUGGUCGUGGUAUGGCCGGUGGUCAGCACCACCACCGGACCAACCUUGACAAGUACCACCCCGGUUACUUCGGUAAGGUCGGAAUGAGAUACUUCCACAAGACCCAGCAGCAGUUCUGGAAGCCCACUAUCAACAUCGACAAGCUGUGGUCUCUCGUUCCUGCCGAGCAGCGCGAUGCCUAUGUGAGCGGCCAGAAGACCGACACCGCCCCUGUCAUCGACCUCCUUUCUCUCGGUUACUCUAAGGUUCUGGGCAAGGGCCGUCUUCCCGAGGUCCCCAUCGUCGUCCGCGCCCGCUACUUCAGCCGUGACGCCGAGAAGAAGAUCAAGGAGGCUGGUGGUGUUGUUGAGCUUGUUGCUUAAAGUAUGGGAAUUGGCGUUCUACCUGAAGGAUUAGACUUGGACAGGUGCUGCGCUGGCUACGGCUCAGGGCACUAGAGGGUCAAUUUUCUCCCCUGGUGAUGGAAACUUCAAAUGGGGCCGCGGAUCGGGCACCUUGGUCCGUGUAUCUACAAAAGAAAGGGUCUUCUUUGACGAGCUUCAAAAGGCCGCUAGAUACCCUGACGAUCAAAUCUUAUCAAACAAUACCAUGAAGGAGGAUUGAAUCUCUAAUUUUUCUUCUCUUCUCGUUUGACUCAUCUUCUGACUCCUGCUGUGCUCAUCAUGAUUCGGGUGUACGGGCUAAUACAAGGUCAUUUGUUGCCACUCACAGAGGCAUAGUCACGCUCACCACAUGAGAACUAUAGUAUCGAGCGGAUAUUGUUCCCCAUCGCGUAUGACCAUAUAUUCCGGUAAAAUCAUGCU